AUGGCAAUUGAGCUCUCAGGAAUUCCAGUCACAAUGGACCCAAUCAAAAGUAAGUUUCUUGACAUGGAAGAAGAGGUCACCAUGACUGAUAGUGAUUUUAGGGCCAAAAGUUGGCAAAGUAAACCAAAGUUUCCACAUCAAAAUGGAAAUACAGUGGGAAGCCAAAAUAGGAAGGACAGUGUUUGCUAUAAAUGCAAGAAACCAGGACAUUUCAAAAGUAACUACCCUAACAGUGAAAAUGAUACAAAACAAGACAAAACUUCAAAUGUUUUCAGAGCAGUAUUUAUAAGAGGCUCUUUUGACAGAAGUGAUUGGUAUUAUGAUUCAGGUGCUAGUGUGCAUCUCACAGCAAAUGAAGAAUGGAUAAAAAACAAAGUGAAUGAUGUUAACAUUUAUAAGAUGAUGGCUGCAAAUCAGACAGAAAACCCAGUGUUGUGCUCUGGACAAGUUGAUUUAACAAGAGUGGUCAGGAAGACCUUUUUUGAUAUUACUGUAAGAAAUGUUAUGUGUGCUCCAGAACUAACUACAGAUUUGCUCUCUGUGAGCAGGUUGAUUGAACAAGGAAAUUUUGUUAAAUUUAAUAGUGAUCAGUGCAACAUUUGUAACAAGCAUAAGUAA